AUGUCUGAUCGGCCCCUGCACCAGCACAAGGGCUCCGACACUACACCUGAAGCCCACUCGCCCCCUCUCAAGCCUGCCUCUGAUCAAGGUUUCCGACAUCCUCUCCCAGGCACCGACUCGAUGUCUAAGUUCGAAGCUGGUGUCAAAACCGCGGCUACAUCAACUGGCCUAGUCGACCGUGGGAUUGAUCCGAUCGAUGAGCCGCAGCUUAGCAACCCGUCCAGUACCUUUGUUCGAGAGGACUGGAAUUCUAGGUACCAACCGCACAUUCACAACGGAUUCGCCGAUUCGCUUGCUCAGCUCUUCACUCACACCAAAGAGCCACAACGCGACAAGACGCUGAGGAGCUCUGUCUCCAAGCGCUCAGCUCCUCUCGAUGAGCCAGAGGCUCGCAACACACGCGCCCGAAUUAGUGAAGCUCCAGCGAACAAUACCAUCAUUGCAGGAUAUGAAGGCCCUCGUGUCUCUGCCGGCUUUGAUUUAGAGGCUGCCGAUCGUCCUCCUUCUACCGAAAAGUCACAGAACCGCGGCAAACGCGUCGAGACGGGUAAAAUUCCGGCGAUAAUCACCACUGCCCCAGUCACUCAUGGUGGUCGUAGAGUCAUGGACCUAUUAUUCCAUGAUGACCCUGCUGAGUUUGUAGCCACAGAGAAGUUUCUUCAGGCUCGCAAGGAAGUUAUCGGAGGACGUUCCCUGAUCUGGCAAAUGUCCCACCUUCCGGACGACAUAGGCCCUGAUGGCCCCGAGCGCUGGGUUCCUCCAUUUGAUGUCACGCAGGACUCCUGGCAAGAACGUCCUCGGGCUGGUAACGGUGGAGCAGACAAUGCCACUGCGCCGGUCACUCAAGACCCUCGAGGCUCCACGGUCCUCGACAGCCGUGCUACUUUGUUACUCAAGAACUUCCACAGUUAUCAGGAAAAUUUCGGCGACAUCCGGCCUCGGAAUUCCGUGGUUUCCAAGUAUCGUGCUAGGGGCGACAAGAUCGGGGACAAAGGCUCGGACGAUGACAUGACUUUGGCUCACCACACAUCCGUAGGUGCAGCAGCUGCCGCACGUAGGGCAGCUGGAGGCUCUGUCCUUAUUUCCAAAGCAUCUUAUGGUGGGAGUCACCCUGGCAAACACGUGUUCUCGGCCAUCAAGACCGCACAGCCAACCAAGAUUACAAAGCGGACCUCUCCGACAGAGCAACCGCCUUCCCUACUCGCGCCCCAGAAUAAUGACGUUGAGUCCGGCCCAAAGCGCCCAGCAUCUGUCUCUGACGUUCCUAUCACCAGCCGAACGAAGAAGAACGACAGUCCCUCCGGUACAAACGAUGCUACAUCUGCAUCUGGUCCAAACUCCAUUACCAAGGAACGGAAGAAGCACCCGACGUAUGAAGAGAACCAGGCGAUGCUCACCGCGUAUCUCAACAACUGGUCUUAUCUUCGAAUGGGCGAGGACGCCAGUUCCCGCCACGAUUAUGACCAGACCAAGCAACAUUUCAUGUACCUCAUUCGUAAGGGUAGAGUCGGCCCGCGUUACGAGCGUGAAGAUGGCGGACGCCGUUGGGUCACUCUUGAGUGGAUGCGGGAGUUUAAGGUUCCAGGUGACUGGGAGGAGCGGGAUGGGAAGGCGUGGGCUGCUCGUGGGCUGUUGCUGAAGAAGUGA